AUGACCCCGUCGACAACUUACGCAAAUCGGAUCACCGAGAUGAUUGGAUAUCGGCGGGCAGGUAUUAAGCGGUCCACAACAGCCUGGCAGAGGACCACUGGAAACACAGGUGAAGCCAGCGGGACACUGAGUUCCACUAUUAGUAUGUGCUACCCCCUGUGGCGCGGAUGCUUACACUCUUGGAACAUGAUCCACAAUGAUUCGGAUCAGAGAGUAGAUCAGUGCACUUUCCAUCACAACAAGAAGACAAUAACCCAGUACACGGAGCAGCACCGCAAGAACCACAAUGCUGCGUACUAG